CCAGGUGUCUUUCUCUCGCACACAUCCAGAGAGAGCCAUGUGGCUGUUUCUUCUUCUUCUGCUGCUGCUGCUUGUCGUCCUGAUCAUCAGCUUUGUUUACUUGCAUCUUUUCCAUGGCACGGGGGGCAGCCCCUUUAGCCAGGAGGAUGUGCACUCCCCCAAACCACUUGUCACAGACCAGGAAGCUCGCAAAAAAGUCCUCAAGCAAGGUUUCUCCCUAGAUAAAGUGCCCCCCAACUUAGAUGCCAUAGUUAUCGGAAGCGGUAUCGGUGGACUGUCCGUGGCUGCGGUCCUGGCAAAGGCAGGAAAACGGGUUUUGGUGCUGGAACAACAUAGCAAAGCCGGAGGAUGUUGCCACACCUUUCAAAAGAAAGGCUUCGAAUUUGAUGUUGGCGUCCACUAUCUGGGGCAAAUGCAUGAGAAUGGCAUGGCGCGAGUGAUCAUGGACCAGCUCACUGGUGGGCAACUUGACUGGGUGCGGUUGGAGGAUCCCUACGAUAUUAUAACCUUCGGGGACAAGGACUACCAACUAUUCUCCGGAAGGGCCUUUGUAGAAGAGUUGGAGAGGCAUUUCCCAGAGGAGAAAGAGGCCAUCAAAGAGUUCAUGAGGUUGUCAAAGAUCGUAACGGCCCAUAUGCCUUUGGUUGUCAUGCUGAAGAUGAUUCCCUUGUGGCUGUCUGUGUUCUUGAUCCGAUGGGGGCUCAUUCACUGGAUCUCACCUGUUUUCAGGUUGGCCUCAUCCAGCCACAGCAGAGUCAUUGAGCAACUGACCACCAACAAGGACCUGAGAGCCAUCUUCAGCUACUUCUUCUAUGGAGUGCCUCCGAAGGAUGCUAGCUUCCUCAUGAUUGCUGUGCUGAUCGACUACUAUACGGGUGGCGCAUGGUACCCAAGAGGGGGCGCUAGCGAGAUCCCUUUCAACAUCAUCCCUGUCAUCGAGCGGUCUGGAGGUGCCGUGCUAAUGAGGGCCCGUGUGGGUCAGAUCUUGUUCUCUGAAAGCGGCGUGGCUAUAGGGGUGAGUGUCCAGAAAGGAAGUGAGGGAGAGGUGAAGGUGCAUGCACCUGUGGUGAUCUCGGACGCUGGCAUAUUCAACACCUUUGGGAAGCUGUUGCCUCCUGAGAUCAGAAGCAAACCAGAAAUCCAGUCCCGACUUGAUAUGGUUCGGCACGGUACGGGGUCUUUCCUAGUCUUUGUGGGUCUUCGGGGGACCAAAGAAGAGCUUGGUAUCAAAUCAACCAACUACUGGAUUUAUCCCAACAAUGACCUGGACAGUAUAACCACAAAAUUCACUAGCCUAAGCAGAGAAGAAGUGAGCACCAACCUCCCUAUGCUCUUCAUCACCUUCCCAUCGGCCAAAGAUCCCACAUACCAAGAGAGGCACCCAGGAUGCUCUUGCAUGACGCUGCUCACCAUGGCUCGCUAUGAGUGGUUUGAGGAGUGGGCUGGAGGCCGUGUGAGGAAAAGAGGGCCCGAGUAUGAGGCGUUCAAGAUGGAGAUUGCCCAGCAACUCUUAGACAUGGCUUUGGCAAAGUUUCCCCAACUCUCUGACAAGGUAGAAUUUGUAGAAGCUGCUUCCCCACUCAGCAACCAGUACUAUCUAGAUGCCCCUCAGGGUGAAAUAUAUGGUGCAGAGCACGAUAUAGACCGCUUCACUCCAAAGACUGUGGCCACCAUGAGAGCAAAGACCCCCAUUCAAAAUCUCUAUUUAACAGGCCAAGAUGUUGUCUGCUGCGGCCUACAAGGAGCUCUUCAUGGAGGCUUGGUUUGUGCUUCAGCUGUGCUUGGACGCAUCGUUUACAUAGACCUGUUCCGCCUGGAGAAGAAACUGAAAAGGCAAAACCGCAAGAAAGAGGCCUAGUCCCACCAGCUAUGGCCACCCUCUCAGGAAUAAACUGUGGGCUGGACAUUCAAAAAACAUAAGAGGCCUGCUGAUCAGAGCAGAGGCCUAUCUAAUCUAGCAUCCUGUUUCCCACAGCCUCUGGGUUGCCCAGAAAGAGGACAUGGGGGCAUCAGCUUUCUCCUGCUAAUGUCCUCUAGUAAUGGGUAUUUACAGUAUUCUGUCCCUGAUCCUGGAGGCAGCAUAUAGCCAUCCUGGCUAAUAGCCAUUGAUGGAUAGGCUGACCAUAUAAAAAGGAGGACAGGGCUCCUGUAUCUUUAACAGUUGUACAGAAAAGGGGAUUUUAGCAGGUGUCAUUUGUAUGCAUGCAGCACCUGGUGAAAUUCCCUCUUCAUCACAGCAGUUAAAGCUGCAGGAGCCUUGCCCUCUUUUGUAUCUAGUCAGUCUCGUAUAGCCCCUGCAGCUUUAAAUGUUGUGAUGAAGAGGGAAAUUUCCCCAAGUGAUGCCUGCAUACAAAUGACACUGGCUGAAAUCCCCUCUUCAUCACAACUGUUAAAGAUACAGGAGCCCUGUCCUCCUUUUCAUAUGGUCACCCUGUUGAUGGACUUACCCUCCAUAAAUUUGUCUGCUCUCUUUUUUUAAGAAGUGGAAGAAGUAAAGAGAUCAUGCCCUUCGCUGUGUUUCUUGCUAUUUUACAAGCCUUAAACGGGGAUAGAGAUGGCAUGACUGUGGUCAAAGUAGGAUGGCCAGGCAGCCACUCAUCACUUUAAAAAGAAAGAAAGAAGGGGGAAAGCAUCAUCAAAAAGUGAGAAGAAAGGCGCAGAGUUGCUAAUUUAUGCUUAUAGAUGAAAAUGUAACCUUUAAAGCCCUAAGUGGCUUGGGUCUGAAUUUGUUAUUUCAUCAGAAAGUAACGUAUUCAUCAACUUUCUCAGAUGAGAGUUCUCCUUUAAUUUGAGAUCUGCGUAUAUGGGCUUUUGCACAUGCAGCAUAUCAAAGUGCAUCUUCGGAGCUGCCGUUUGGAAUCGCAUAAUGCCUCGUGAUCUCGUGCAUCACCGCAGUAUGGUACCCCUUCCUGGUUGGUUAUUUCUAUAGGAUCCUUCUACAUAAUAGUUACUUGCCAUUGCCAGUCAGUAUAUGGAGGAGAGAGAGAUGGAUCGGCCUAUGGAGGUGUAAACGAGUCAUGUGGUUGUUCCUUCAAGGCUGUUUCUGGAAAGAGUUCAAAUGCCAACUUUUCCCUAAAGGGUUAAAGUGACAUCAUCGCAUUUCUUCCUAAAAAGAAAAGGGUUCAGCUAACCAACUCAAGCUAGGAGUGGGCCUGUGCUCACCUCGGUGGGUGCUCACACCACUGGGCCACGUAAGCCUCUUCUGAGGCUCGACCUGGAAUGAAGCUCCCAAAAUUGCGCACGUCUCUCCAUUGCGUCAAUGGCAUCCGUCAUUGAUGCAGGAAGUGGAAGUGCAUGAUUUCGGCAUGCCGGGGGAAGGGGGUCCGCCAGAUUCCCAGACCCAGUCGGGUGCUCACAGCAAUCGUAGACUCAACACAUAUGUAGAAAUACCAUAGUUUAGAUGCAGACGGCACAUGCUCUGAAGUUUGCAGUCUAUUCAGAAAUUAAUAACAAAUUAGUAAGACAGCAUUCCAAAGGUAUGAAUGCACAAGUUUUGACCCACAAGCCGACCAAUGAUGAAAUUCAACAGCAUGACUCCACUCCCAUUUCUGUUGUUUGGUACAGGCUUGGAUUUCAGAAUAGUUAUCUACUGUUGUCCUUUUCCAGCAAACUCAGCACCAGCACUUAGCAUCCUACGGCAGCUGUCAAAGCCCUAGUGCUCCAGCAGGACCCACCAGCAUUGACCUCUGUCCAGACCUCUGUUGGGUCUGCAAGCCUCCAGUUUAAUUCCCCAUAAUGCCUCUGAGUGACACUUCAUUCGGAACCCCAAGACAUUGUGGAAAAUCAAAAUGGCAGUUCCCAGCCACCCUUUGAGUGCUGGCCAGUGUCAGAUAAGGGAGAGGGUGAGUCAUUGAUUUAAAGGGGGGACCGGAAGCCACUUGCCAGGAGCCCCUUCAAACCUGGAGUUGGCCCUCCUUUGUGGGCUCCUUUCCUGCUUCAAGCUCAUGAAGAUGGCACUUCAAGGAUAAUUGCAGGGAAGGGGAGGCAGUUCUUAUGAGAAAUCAUGUUUAUUUCCCCCAAAACCAUUUUUGAAUGCUGAGUUUCCAUGCAUUGUUUUGAUAUGGCUGAUAUGUUCGUUUGUCCCCCUCACCCCCCCCCACUUCUUCUGUUCUGUGCUAAUUUGUAAGUAGGGCUGUGCACCGCUUCACAUCUGAAUCCCGAAUCCAAAGUGGAUCGGGGGGGAUUCGGACCUCUCUAAAACAGUUCUGAGGUAGAUCAGGGGAGGUCUGAACCGAUCCAAGGUGGAUCAGAUUGGUCCAAAUCGAUUCGGAUCGAUUCAGAGAUUCUGACAUUUUUUUUCAAGGACUACAUAUGGGAAUUUACAAAAAUGCAUUCAUCUCCGUCAUUUUUAAAGGUAAAGACAUUAAAUUUGGCACCAUAAUAGCACUUAAGCAGGGCUUUAGGCAUGCCAAAUUUGAAGCACAUUGGUUCUACCCAAGAUUUUUAGAAUUUUUUUAAAGUUUGAGGUUAUAAAAUUAUUAUUUUAAAAUACACUGUCAUUUUUAAAGGUAAAUACAUGUAAUUUGGCAACAUGAUAGCACCUAUGUAGGGCUUUAGGCAUGCCAAAUCAGGUUCAUCCCCUGAUUUUUAGGAUUUUAAAAAAAGAUUUUCCCUCAAUAUUACUCUCCCCAUAUUGCUCCCAGCAUGGUAGUGUGUCUUGCAGUCAAUACACAAUUGGUUCUUCUCUUAAUAGGAAACACAUGAGUUAACUUCAAAAGACCCAAGUAGGGGAGAUUAGCACUUCAAAACACACAAGGAGCAGUGUGUGCUAAUUGUUGAUUAGAUAAGACACCUUCUGAAAUUGCCCUUUGUGAGUGGCUGCUGUUUCCUUGAAAAAUCACAUUUUUAAAAAUUUAUUGCGAUCAAACUGCUAGACGGAACUUUCUGAAAAUUUCCACACAUGACAAUCAUGACUCCAUCUGUUACCUCAACAAGUUUCAUGUUUAUAUCUUGAAAAAUAAAAAAAGUUAUGUGUUUAUUUCUCCCAAUGCAUGGCUAUGGGGAAAAUGUGUGAUCUGAAUCACGAUUCGGACCUCCGAAUCUCGCUUUGGAUCCGGGUUCAAGGUGGAUCGAGCCUGAUUCAGAAGGUCCGAAGCGGAACGGGGUCCGUGCACAGCCCUAUUUAUAAGUGUGAUGUUAGUGGUUUACUUAUUUUAGCCUUUCUGGGAGAUUAUUAAGGGUCAAGCUAUGUUACAUCGCAUCCAGCUGACUCUCUCUGUUGUUUUAUUCAGAAGUAUGAAUGCAGGGCCCUGUUCUGCAUCAGCACUUCAGCCAUUUGUUUUCUGAAAAACUUUUUCCUCUCCCAAGAAAAUAACCCUCCAUCACUCUCUCUUUCUUAGCUCCUCCCCCUUGCAUUGCUAAGAUGCUGGUUUGCUUUCUUUCUACAUCAGCAGAGCAGACAUGCACACCAUCUAGCCAAUCACAAAAUACCAACAUGACACUUCCCCAUCCCCCAACCCCUGGGAACAACUCUGGUUUGCCAGCUCAGCAGCCUCAGGUGGCAGCCUCCGCAGAGUCCUCUUGGACUCUGCUCUAACAUGCUUAAUAGCAGGAGGGAUAACAGCACAGUAAAACGAGCAAGGCAUGCCGGCUCAGAAGGCAGCAAGGGAAGGAUUCUAAUGAAAACAGGGUAAGGCAGAUGCAGCCCACAGAAUGCAAUGCAGCUUGAGGCACAGUGACCCUUGGGAGGGUGGAAGCUGCUGAAGGGAGGAGGGAGAGAAAUGCCAGUCAGCCAGCACUUGAGGGAGAGGCCUUAGCUUAGUGGUGCAUCAGAUGGCAUCCAUACAGGAGGCCCCCAGUUCGAUAUCCACCAUCUCCAGAUAUGCCUGGCAUAGACCCCAUCUUAGGGCGACCAUAUGGAAAGGAGUACAGGGCUGUAUCUUUAACUGUUGUAUUGAAAAGGGAAUUUCAGCAUGUGUCAUUUGUAUGCAUGCAGCAGCUGGUGAAAUUCCCUCUUCGUCACCACAGCUAAAGCUGCAGGAGCCCUGCCCUCUUUUGUAUCUGGUCACUAAUAUAGCUCCGGUAGCUUUAACUGUUGUGAUGAAGAGGGAAUUUCACCAGGUGCUGCAUGCAUAUAAAUGACACCUGCUGAAAUUCCCUUUUCUAUACAACUGUUAAAGAUACAGGAGCCAUGUCCCCCUUUCCAUAUGGUCACCCUAAACUCUCCACAGCGAUUCGUGUGUACUUGGUGGUUUCUCCAUGUUGUCUUUUUAAAAUUAUUUCCAUACAUUAUAAAACAGAACCACAUUUCUGUAGAGUUGUCAGUGUCCUUAUUUCAUUGUGCUGUUCUUAGAAGCUUAGGGCUUCUUUAGAUUAAAGGGAAAUCACAUUUGCUUACCAGCACUUUGCUUCCUGCUUCUCUUGUGCAAUGGUUUGGUUUGGUUUGGUUUGGUUUGAGAUUUUUAUUGUAAAUAUUAACAAAACAGAAGAAAAAAUAAAUCAUGAAAAAAAGCAAAGAAACAAUACACAUAUAGGAAUAUCAUACUUUUUCCAUCAAAUAUACCAUUUGUUUAAGAAAAAUGGAGGAGAGAAUUAUGCAUAGGUUUCACUUGUGCAAUGGUUAUGAGCUGAAUUGCAUGGGAGAAGAGGGGUGGCCACAUGGUCUGUAAUUGAAAACUUCUCUUCCUCUCAGUACUCAUAGUAUUGAAUGGGACAGCACCCUCUAGAGGGUCUUUUGUAGCACAACUUCAGCACCAUACAAUAGGAAAUCCUGAGAUAUUUCAGAAGAAUCAAGAUAUCCAAGUUUUUUUUUAAAAUGGAAUAACCGGGGGAAGGAACAGGAGACUUGAAGGAUGUUCACGAGGUUGUCAAAACAACCUGCAAACUUCUGUGAGUGGCCAGUCAUAAACAUGCUAUAAAUUGCUUGUUUAGAGAAGCUCAUAGUUAAUUUUUCAGCAAGUGCAAAAUUUCAUAUAUUGCUGUAGCCACUGUUCUAUUGGAAGUGCGGCAUUUUAUUACCAUGUUUUGACUAUACCAAUUGCUAGUAAAAUGGUUCGAAUUUCUGUGGUGCCUCCUUAAUUGGUCCAUUAAUAAUGCAAUUUGGGGAGCACAAGUUGCUUUAUGUUUGAUUAUUUUACACCAUUCAUUGCAGACAUUUACCCAAAAUUCUUUUAUUUUUUCA